ACGUGGCCACAUUUUCGUGUUUUGAUUGUAGAACUCCGUCCGUUUUUAAUAAGAGGAGAGUAGUGGGUCUUUAGUUCGGCUCGUAGUUUACGGUAACACCUUGCUGGUCAUGCAGCGGGCAGGUAAAAGUUUUCAAGUGAUAUGUGGAGGGUGUGCAGGAAACAGAGGACGGCAGUUCAGUCCAUACCUUGCAGUGACGCCGAGGUAUUCGGAUCCUGUCGCCGGGAUUAGAACGCAAGUUGGGAUUCCCUUUCGGCUCUGUGCUACAGUAGCCCACGAUGUCGUCUCUAAGUAUCUACCGAAACAUGAUGCGUUUGCUUCGCGCCACAUUGGUCCGAAACCGUCAGACCAAACAAAAAUGCUCAAGUACUUGGGUGUACAGAGCAUGGAGGAACUGAUCAGCAAGACUAUCCCAGCAAACAUCAGACUAGGCCGAGAACUAGACCUGGAACCAGCUCUGGGUGAAUUUGAGGCUCUGGAGAGGAUCCGGGAGAUAUGCAAGCUGAACGAGAUUUGGCGCUCGUAUAUCGGCAUGGGCUACUUUAACUGCUUCACCCCUAACACCAUCAUACGCAACAUCUUCGAGAAUCCUGGAUGGACGACACAGUACACCCCCUACCAGCCCGAGAUUGCCCAAGGUCGCCUGGAGAGCCUGCUCAACUACCAGACUGUGGUGUGUGAUCUAACAGGUCUCGCUAUUGCCAAUGCUUCUCUUCUCGAUGAGCCGACUGCCGCAGCUGAGGCCAUGGCUCUCUGCUAUAGGCACAACAAGCGAAGGAAAUUUUACUGUGAUUCUAAACUACAUCCCCAGACAUUGGCUGUAGUUUUGACUAGGGCCAGUGCCCUCGGCAUUGAGGUCAUUGUCUUGGACAACGCUGACAUGGACUUUAGCAACAGAGACGUGUCAGGAGUUCUCUUCCAGUAUCCAGACACGGAGGGCAGGGUGGUGGACUUUACUGAUUUGGUCGGUGUUGCACAUCAGAAUGGGUCCAUGGCGAUAUGUGCGACAGACCUGCUUGCUCUUACUAUCAUGCGACCCCCUGGCGAGAUUGGGGUGGACGUGGCCUUGGGAACGAGCCAGAGAUUUGGAAUCCCCCUGGGCUAUGGCGGUCCUCAUGCAGGGUUCUUCGCUGUUAAGGAGGAGUUCAAGAGACUGGUGCCCGGACGCAUUAUCGGUGUCACUAAAGACUCCGGUGGUAAGGUGGCAUACCGAUUGUCCCUACAAACACGUGAACAACAUAUCCGUAGGGACAAGGCAACCAGCAACAUCUGCACAGCUCAAGCAUUGCUGGCCAACAUGUCAGCCAUGUAUGCUGUGUACCAUGGCCCUGAAGGACUGCGGAACAUAGCUAACCUUACUCAUAACACAGCUGUUAUUCUCGCUCAAGGCCUUCAGGAAGCCGGGCACAAAUUAGAGCACAAACUUUUCUUUGAUACUUUGCUGAUCACGCCAAGUACAUCUCAGCAGCAGAUAAGACAGAGAGCUGAAGAGAAACGGAUCAACUUACGUUACUAUAGUGAUGGAAAGAUAGGUGUGUCUGUGGAUGAAACAGUAAGCGAAGAGGACCUUAAUGACUUACUCUGGAUCUUCGAAACUUCUAAGACCAGGGCUGACAUCAUGUCAACCUUGCGCGACGGCGGCCUAAUCCUGCCCGGCCGAGCGCAUCCGGGAUAGCAGCCGCUCAGACGCACGGUCGGCAGUUUCCCCUGCACCUCAUCUGUUUUCCACCGCUUCCACUCUGAGACAAACAUGGUGCGCUACAUGAAGUAUCUGGAGAACAGAGAUUACUCACUCGUGCACGGCAUCAUCCCCCUGGGUUCAUGUACGAUGAAGCUGAACAGUACGAAUGCUGCCGAUAGCUUUCAGUGCCUCGAUCCAGUUGUUUCCACGAUCAUGGAGCUCAAGCGGAAAUAUGCCGGCCUGCGAACCAUCAAGGCCUAUCUAGCUGGCAAGGGAGAGAAGCACCGCGUCGUGUGCCUGAUUCCGACGUCAGCCCAUGGCACAAACCCGGCUAGUGCACAAAUGGCCGGUCUGAAAAUCGAGGAUAUCAACAUAGUCAAAUCAGGAGAAAUAGACAUGAAGCAUUUCCACGAGAAGGUAAAGAAAUUUCGAGACAUCCUAGCCUGCAUCAUGAUCACAUAUCCUUCCACCAAUGGACUGUAUGAGGAAGGCAUCAGGGAGAUCUGCGAUACAAUACAUGAAGCUGGCGGUCAAGUGUACUUAGAUGGGGCUAACAUGAAUGCUCAGGUCGGACUGUGCAGGCCAGGUGAUUAUGGCUCGGAUGUCUCGCACCUGAACCUACACAAAACCUUCUGCAUACCCCAUGGAGGUGGUGGUCCUGGAAUGGGCCCUAUUGGAGUGAAGAAGCAUUUGGCUCCCUACCUGCCGACCCACCCUGUGAUCGAUCCUCUCCACUCUGAGCUCGACCCUCGAUCAUUCGGUGUCAUCAGUGGCGCCCCCUACGGCUCUGGUUCGAUUUUGCCAAUUACCUGGGCCUACAUUAGGAUGAUGAGCGGUAAAGGUUUGCGAGAGGCAACGGAGGUGGCAAUUCUGAAUGCCAACUACAUGAUGAAGAGGCUAAAGGAUCAUUACAAGAUAAUGUUCAUAGGAACUAAUGGCUUCUGUGCGCAUGAGUUCAUCAUCGACGUAAGAGAUAUGAAAAAGACGGCUGGACUAGAGGCAGUUGAUGUAGCCAAACGCAUGCAGGAUUAUGGGUUUCAUGCUCCAACUGUAUCGUUUCCUGUGAUGAAUGGACUUAUGGUUGAACCUACUGAGUCUGAGGAUCGUGAGGAACUGGACAGAUUCUGUGAUGCCCUAAUAUGCAUUCGUCAGGAAAUUAGAGAUAUUGAAGAAGGCAAAAGUGACAUCAGAGUCAACCCAGUGAAGAUGGCGCCACAUCCACAGCGGGUAGUAAUGAACAGUAAUUGGGACAUGCCGUAUAGUCGAGAGGUAGCUGCAUAUCCUAUGCCACACUUGUACAUGAACAAGUUCUGGCCACCGGUUGGGAGAACAGAUGAAAUAUACGGGGACAAGAAUCUUCAGUGCACUGCUGCUCCGAUGGAGGUGUACAAGUCCCCGUACAUUAAUGACCAGCCCUGAAUCACUUUCUGUGUUUUGAUGGAGAAGGGUAUGCGGAUACGAAUUUACAAUGGAUUGAGGCUUAUUGCGGGUUCCCUCCCCAUUCAGUGUAAACACGAAGAAAGUCUGUUAAAUGUCUGAGAAAUAGUUAGGCAUAUGCAUUAUAUAGUGUGCAUUUAUGUUUAGAUGUGAAAACCAUUUUGAUGGUGGUUCGAAAUGAAAUAUUACAAGGUGCUUUCGUAUCAUCUAGCAUGUUAUGUGUUUUCGCAUGUAUGCAUAACAUGACUUGCCACUGAUGAAAUUUGUACUACCCAGUUACCAGGAGCUUAGAUAGACUUGGGACGUUAUUGGUUAUUGCUAUUACUAAUCAAAUAUACUCUACCCUGUGACUACAUUUAGCUGUGGGCAUAUGUAGAAAUAGGGUAUGUAUGACAUUGUUUGAAAUAUGAGAAGUAUAUGUCUACACAUUGAUAAUAUACAUUGUUCUUACUAAUAUGUAAAUACUUAAUAUAUUAUAAGGAGGUCCUUACAAAAGUCUAACAAGUAACUAGCAAUUGACAUAAUGUAAGGCAGUCCUAAUUUAAUACUUCUCUUCAAGCAAUAAUAUAGAUAUUUGUUAUAAGAUA